AUGGAAGCCACCUUGUAUUUCGUGCCAGGAUUGAGCUACGAUCCUCUGCGGAGGGACGCGGCCGCCUCGAUCACAGCCGUGUCGAAGGAAUCGGGACUCGACGUUCCUGCGAUUUUGAUCAAUCCAGCUCGAGAUCCUGGAUUGACACUAGCAUUAGAAUGUGUGAGACUGAUCGAGUCUUGCAAAGAUCUGGCAGCGGCGAGGAGCGCGCAUUCCUCGAUCCGAGACACCAUCGCUGGCGAUGCAUUCGUCUGCAACAAGAUGAUCGAGAUGUAUGGCCUGCGCUGCGCGAGCGUGGAGGAUGCACGCCGGCUCUUCGACGGCAUGCCAAUCGACAUGAGAAAUUCCCACACCUGGGUGCUCAUGAUCUCCGCUUGCUACAAGAAUGGCCGCCUCGACGAGGCGCGAUCGAUCUUCGACGCGAUGCCGAGCCCAAAUCUCAUCGCAUGCAACGCGAUGAUCUCCGCGCAUUCCCAUGCUGGGGAUCUACCGGGCGCCGACGAAAUCUUUCGAUCCAUGGCGAUGCACGAUCUAGUUUCGUGGACGGCGAUUCUUUCGGCCUACACGCAGCGAGGAGAGAUCACUGGAGCAGCGGCAAUCUUUGAGGCAAUGCCGGAGAGGGAUUCUAUCGCCUGGACCGCAUUGCUGAGCGCGCAUGCCCAAAAGGGGCAACUGGAGCGCGCGCUGGAGAUCUUCCAGUCGAUGCCGCAGAGGAAUCUGGUCUCCUGGACGGCGCUGCUGGUUGCGUCCUCCGCAAGCGGCGAGGUCGAGCGCGCGGCGGCGAUCUUCGAUCGAAUGCCGCAGCGCGACUGGAUUGCCUGGAACGCGAUGAUCUCCGCCUACGCGCAGGGCCAACGAUUGCGCGACGCCAAGAGUCUCUUCGACGCUAUGCCACAGCAAGAUCUCGUCUCUUGGAACGCGAUGCUAGCCGGCUAUUCGCAGAACGGCCAUCUCCGAGAGACCGUGGAGCUCUUCCACGCCAUGCCCAAGCGCGACCUAGUCUCUUGGAACUCUCUCGUUGGCGCGUACGGACUGCACGGAGACGUACGGAGUGCCGAGCUGGCUUUUCGUGCGAUGCCGGAGUGGAAUCUGGUAUCUUCAAACUCCAUGCUCACGGCAUAUUCGCAGGGCGGGAAAAUUCAAGGUGCCCUUGCGGUGCUCGACGCGAUGCCCGAGAGGGAUAUCGUGACGCUCAACGCGAUCGUCUCGGCGUUUGCAAGCCAGGGUUUCACGGAUGAGGCGAAGAAGAUCUUCGAUGCGAUGCCGGAGAGGAAUUCUUUGUCAUGGAGUGCUCUGCUCGUCGCCUAUGCCGCUGCCAGUGGCGCCGAAUCCAUCGAUCACGCCAGGUUCGUGUUCGAUUGCAUUCCAGAGAGAAAUAUCAUCACCUGGAACUCUCUCCUCUUUGCUUACACCCGCCAGGGCCUGAUGAUCGCCGCCAAGAAGCUCUUUGACGGGAUUCCAGAGCGAAAUCUCGUGUCCUGGGGUGCGGUUCUCUCCGGAUUGGCUCGCAGCGGCGAUCACUCCUCAGCGAUCGAAGCAUUCCACGCCAUGAAACUCGAACAUCUCCCCGAUGCAACGAGCAUUCUCUCGGUUUUGAUUUCAUUCAGCCAUGACGGCGAUCUCUUCCAAGGACGGAGAUUGUUUCUGUCGAUGGGGAUGGAUUUUGGCGUGGAUCCAACAAAGGAGCACUAUUGCUGCUUGAUUGACAUGCUGGCUCGAGCAUCAUUCUUGCAUGAGGCAAAAGAUCUCAUUCGAAUCAUGCCCUUUGUUCCCACUGCUCGCGAAUGGGUGUGCUUGCUUGCGGCAUGUAGAAGCCACAAGGAUGGAGCUAUGGCAGCAGAGCAUGUUCUUGUUAAGGAUCCAGGACAUGGAGCAACAUAUCUGGCAUUUCAGCUGAAACCCGAGCCCAACUACCAAGCACAGCAUUCUUUUCGGCCGAAGGCACCCUCUUCUCUCGAGUCCACCACUCUCUGUCUGAGACGAUAUCACCACCAAGCGUAA